AUGUUUAUGUGGGCAGGAAAACCUUGUUUCUUUAUUGUUAAAGCUACAAAAAAAAAGAUUGGAAGGAUAGGAUCCGCUGUAGAUUUUGAGAAUGAACUUAAAAGACUCAAUGAUUAUAUUAAUUUACCACCAGGUCAAAGGAAAUUAAGUUUACCAACUAGAAGAUGGGAUCCAGUAAUUUCAAUCACAGGAUUUCGUAAUUUAACUGAUGCUCGGAGAUUUGAAAUAUUUGUUGAAAAUACUUUCAGAUCGGAAUUACCUAUAGAAGAAAUAUCGGACUUUAAACAAUUUAAAUCAGAAGAAUUUCCUCCAUGCGUAUAUAAAAGAAUCGUAAUAGCUAGAAAAUUAUUUAGAGAAUUUUUUACCGAAAAAUUACCAGUUGAACAACCAAAAAUUUGGAAAAAAUGGGAAAUCCAUUGGUCUCCAAAGUUAAGUAAAGAAUUAUUAAAACAAGCACAAUUUGGCUGGGACAUUGAAGAAUUUAGAAAGACUCAAUCUUUUGUUAAAGUAUCUGACAAUGAUGAUAAUAAUAAAAAUCAAGAACAAAGGUACAAAACAAAAUUAUACACAAUUCAACAUAAAAUAAUGAAAUUUGAUGAUUUUGUUCCAUGGGAUGAUAUUUUGAAAGAAUGGAGAGAGUUGAAAGGGGAAAAAAAGCAUUUGGAUCAACAUGUACAAAUUAAAAUGAAAAAAGAAAGACUACCAUUUAGGGAGCUGAGAAGUCUUCAACCUCCUCCACCAAAAGAUCAUUGGUUUAAAGUAAUAGAUGAUGAUGAAUAA